GUCGGGAACGGAAGUGUGUUUGUGUGAGCGCGCCGCGUGUCUGCAUGCUGAGUGCGCUGUCAAUAAAAGUGUUUCGGAAGGAGACAGACAGACACACAGACAGACAGACAGACAGAGGGUUUGGACAUCAUUUAGAGGCAGCUGUUAAAGAAAAAAGAAAGGAAAAGCGUCUGACAACUCGGUACAGUAAACAAAACGUUGUUUUUUUUUUGGUGUAUGUGAUUUUUUUUUCCUGGAAGUUUGUUUUUAUAGCCUGUUAAUAUUUACGGAACGCACGAGAUGUUUGGACACUGUGCGCUCUAGAGUGUUUUUUUUUUAAGUAUAUAAAUAUAAGCAAAAAAAAAAAAAAAGCCCUAAUCUGUAAAUGUGUCACAUAUCAACCAAAAUGGAGCAACCGUUUUAUCAUGACGACUCGUUUCUCUCUGCUUAUGGCACUCCAGACUCUGUGGCCCUGCGCGACUUCAAGCUCCUAAAGCAGAGCAUGAGCAGCUUUGUCGAGCCUUACCGCAACUUCAAGACCGACUUGUACCCGACCGGGAGCGCGGACGCUGCUGCGACGCUGAAACUCGCUGCUCCAGAGCUGGAGCGUCUGAUUGCGCACAGCGGCGGAGGCGUGAUCACGAGCCCGAGCCCGGGUCAGUACCACCUGUACGGUCGCUCCAUCACCGAGGAGCAGGAAGGCUUUGCGGACGGAUUCGUCAAAGCCCUGGACGAGCUGCACAAGAUGAACCAGGUAGCGCCACCGAACGUGUCCAUCGGGGCCGGAGGAGUGCCGCCGGUGCCGGUGCCAGUGCCGCCUGCGCAGCCUGAAGCGCCUGUGUACGUCACGCUGAACAGCUGCAGCCCCAACACUAGCGUCCAGCAACCUGCUGGUACCUACCCUACCGCCACCAUCAGCUACCUGCCUCACCAGCAUCAGUACCACCACCAACAGCAGCAGCAACAUCACCACAACAACCACCAUCAUCACCAUCAUCAUCAUCCCUUCCAGCACGCUCCCAGGCUCUCAGCGCUCAAAGAGGAGCCUCAGAUCGUCCCCGACGUCCACGGCGCAUGCGCGGACGGCUCGCCUCCGACCUCACCUGUCAACCUGGAGGAACAGGAGCGCAUCAAGGCCGAGCGCAAGCGCCUGCGCAACCGGCUCGCGGCCACCAAGUGCAGGCGGCGGAAACUGGAGCGCAUCUCGCGACUGGAGGACAAGGUGAAGGUGCUGAAGACGGACAACGCCGGUCUGUCCAACACCGCGUCACUGCUGCGCGAGCAGGUCGCUCAGCUCAAACAGAAGGUCAUGACGCAUGUGAGCAGCGGAUGCCAGCUGAUGCUGACGCCAAAGAUCAAGUCGUACUGAGGUUCAGGGACUCAUGGAUUUUUUUUUUUUUUUUUAAACAGGGAAACACUGGAAGAUUUCUUGAUGUAUUAUUGCAUUGCAGCACUGAAUGAAUUCGAGCAUAUGUUUCUUGUAGAAAACUUUUUAAUGUGUUGCUAUGUGUGUGUGUGUGGGUUUUUUUUCCCCCCUAAGCAUUUCCUUUAUAAACAUGUUGCUCAAAUGGUACCGAAAGAAAAUGAAAGGACUGUCAGGACUGUCAGCAAAACUUCAUCAUCUUUGUCCGAGUUAUAUCCUAUGAAUACAUAAGUUAUUUUCAUUGUUUACGUCCGCUUUAUUCCGGACAGAUCUUUACUGUAAAUGUGAUUUUUGUUUUUUAUUUGUAUUUAAGUAAAAGACUAAAAAAACUGGA